CGGUGCUGCGUGUGUACUCUCUGUCCUUAAAGCGGCUGGUCCUGCGGGGCGCAGCCAGUGGAUGAUCCUCGCUGACGUGGAGCGACGCCAUCCUGCCGCCCCGUCACUGUGACGACGAGCUCGACGUGAAAGUAAGUUCGAGGUGAGCCAUGAUGGACGACUCGUCCCUGCUGGACGACAGCGUGAACGACUCAUUCUCAGACCAGGAAGAGGAGGAGGAUGAGGAGGAGAACCAGGAUGGAGCAUCACCUUCCCAAGUUUCUCCCAGCAGGAGGACUCAGACCUCAGUCAUCCAGUCACCACAAGCUCCAACCGCUGAGGUGACGUCUGGUCACAAGUCAGUAGGGGACACUCACAAGAGACGGGAGCUCCUCUCCAGACGUCCAUCUUAUCGGAAAAUCCUCAAAGAGCUCUCAUCGGAUUCUACCGCCGUUGCCAAAAUUGACGAGGAGCAGGCGGAGGAGGAGGCGGCGGUAGCAAGCGUGGAUUCUUCCUCCACGCCGACCAUCUACCAGACCAGCUCAGGACAAUACAUUGCCAUCGCUCAGCAUGGAACCAUUCAGCUGAGUGGCCCCGGAGCCGAGGCCCUUCAGGGGGCCCAAUCGCUGACCCCGCAGCCUGGGGCUGCCAUCCUGCAGUGUGCCGCCUCACCAGGCGACGCCCCCCAGCAGUUCUUCAUCCAGGGAGGACAGAUGCUCAUUCAAGCCGCCACAGGAGACAUCCCCGCCUACCAGCUCCGCUCACCCAACACAGGCUUGGGCCACAGCAUCGUGAUGGCACCGUCGCCGAGCGCCACGCAGAGCCCGUCAUCCCAUCACGCCGAGGAGAUCACACGCAAGAGGGAAGUGCGGCUCAUGAAAAACAGGGAGGCAGCUCGGGAGUGCCGCAGGAAAAAGAAAGAGUACGUGAAAUGUCUGGAAAACCGAGUGGCCGUGCUGGAGAACCAAAACAAGACGCUGAUCGAGGAGCUCAAGGCUCUGAAGGACAUUUACUGCCACAAGGCGGAGUAAGCAUGCGGGCGCUCCCGCCCGCCUGCCCGCCCGCCGUCUGCUGCCCAUCAAAACCGCAGUGAUUGCGUCUGCUCGCUCAGGCCUUCCUCAUGCUGCAUCCCGUCCCCAUCCCGUGUGUCCCGGGAACGCCAAGAACGAUCCACAGCUCAACAAUUCUCUUCAUUGUCUCACGUGGCUUUUUUUCACACAGAGGAACUGAAAAAGCGUCACACACGCUACUGUCGCACGGUGUGAGUCAACACAGGAGACGCUCAGGAACGUCACAUGGCACCCAAACGCACCUUUUCUGUCAUUUCCACUUUUUUGGCAAUUUUGUGUGUCACACCACUGAUGUGAUGCCAAGAGACAAGAAGGAGCGAGAGUUCAUUUUUAAAGCAGCAGUAAGGAAUAAUUGGCAUUUAUUUAUGUUGGCCCCUACAGGUUUAAGCUGUGAUUGAAUUGAAAAGCCAUUGUCGUUCAUGCUACAGGAAGGUGCUGAACAUGCAUUUGUUAUGCGACACCAUCAGAAACUAAGCUAAGCUAUUAGCUGUAUGUGCUAAAUGCUAACAGUAUUAAUGUGUGUUAAAAAUAACAUUGACCAGCUCUUAACAAAACACCACAUGUCCAGGCUGGCCCACCAAUAUUGCCAAGCAUUACCAAGCAGGUGAUGUGGGGGUUGCCACGGUGACCAGAGGGCUGCCAUUCGACCGGCGUAGCAUUCUAUCAUGUUUGAAGCUGGUAACUUGAGCUUAUUACGUAUUGUCGCUUUAGUUAAUAAAGUCCACUUGGCAGGUUGCAGUUGCUCAAACAUUGCACAAUCAUCAUCAUCAUCGAGGAAGUUUUAUACUUUUUAAACAAUACCACAGCCCCAAUUCUCCUUUUGUACAUUUAUUGUGUUCCCUUGUGGUGUAAAUAAAGUUGAUUUUGUGGCCAGAG